AUGCUCGGAUCUUGCAUUGCCUGUCGAGUUUGUGGAGAUCGCGCUUCUGGUAGGUUUACUGUACUCUUCCAUUUUUUGACAUUGCUCUAAAGACAAAUUUAUCCAGGUCGUCACUACGGUGUUCUUUCGUGUGACGGGUGUAGAGGUUUCUUCAAAAGGUCCAUCCGACGGAAUCUUAAAUAUACUUGCAAAGAAUCGAAGAAGUGUGUAAUCGACGUGAUCCAUCGGAAUCAGUGCCAAGCAUGCCGAUUCGAGAAGUGUUUGAUUGUUUCUAUGAACAGACAUGGUAAACUAUAGUUAUUAUAGGGGCACCGCACAGAAAUGGCGCUCUAUUCAGAAACUCUUUUUUCAGUGCAAAUUGAGCGACCUCGGGGCCGAGUUUGAAAAGUUAGGCUACGUUUUCAGUGGAAAAACACUUCGCGGCCUAGAAGUUCGGCCUAGAAGUUCGGCCAGAUUGCGAACAGAGCGCCAUUUCUGUGAGAUGCCCCUAUAUAUAUAAUACACAAGACGUUCUAAAAUUGAGCACGCUGCGCGGUCCGAGCUGACGCUCGGAAUCAGCUGCGCCGCUUGUUUCUUUCUCCUAACUGUUCGAAAGUUCACGUGUUAUAUAAUAUGUUUAUUAUAUUCGGUCGAACUUUUGCCUUUCUACGCCAAAUUGUAAUUUGACGUGACCUUCAAACGCUGAAUUUCGCUUCGAAGGGAAUUUCGUUUUUUUCUGCGUAAAAAUUAAAGAAAGCGGGACAUAAAAGAUUACGUGAAAACGAAGUAGAGCAUACAAUUUUACUGAAGAAACUGUUGAAGUCCCCGAAGUAAUACAUUAAAGCUACUUACAGCGGUGCAAAACGAGCGAUUAGGAUUCGAAAAUCCGAACUCUAUGAAACCAGCUAAACCCAUGGUCACUUCCCGGAAAAAACCAUUUAGUUUUAUGUUGAAUUUUUACAAUCCUAGUACGGAGUCAACAACUUGUGCAUGGUCUUUAGUUCGCUGGUGGUCGUCUCUUCCUCCAUCCAAUUCUUUUCAAGCUUCUGAUCGGAGGGUAUUGUACUCCCUCUCAAUUUAACUUAUUAACUCACUUCUCAGAUCCUUUUCUCAAACUGCUGGCAUUCAUUGCUCUUUUUUCAUGUAAUCUGUCAACCGAGAAUGACUAUGAUCGACGAAUCUGGCAAUGAGAAACUUCGAGCAAUCGCUAAGACUAUCAGAAGUUUGUGCUUGAGUGUAGUUGAGCAGUGGGCUCUUACCGUCAUCUUAAUCUACCGACCUGGUGAGCUACUUAUUAGGAACUCUAAGCGAUUUUUUUGAGUUUUCAGAAGAUGGUCGUUUGGAAUCUAAAUCGGAAAUCGUGAACACUCAACGCAGUGCCAUGCUAAUGCUCGCCGAAUGUCACGCUGCACGAGUUUUUCAGGGAGAAGGUUUAAAAAGCGCACAACUUCUGCUCGUUCCCACAACUAUAGUUCAAGUUACCAAGGAAGAAAUUCGUGAAACAUUUUUCCAGGAUAA